CACGCUUGUACAACAAGGUGGGAUCCCGCUCCGCACCACGAAACAUCGUGAUCCUUACGUAGAUAAAUGAACACUCGACUACUUGUAUACUACAUUCUGAGUCGCGCAGCGAGAUAUAAUGGGUUGCUGUCAGGCCAAUUCAGAGGUCGAUGGCAUUAUUGCGUUGAUCGGGCCCCCAGGCUCGGGGAGGACCUCUUUCAUGUGCAACGCCACCGGGGCGAAUUACCAGGGAAAUGGAAAUAGUGUGAAGUGUCAAACAUGCAAGGUCGAAGCUGGGCUCUACACCGAUGGUUGCGGUCACAAGAUCCUCCUUAUCGACACCCCAGGUAUCGGCGCGCCCCUCGGACGGGGUGAAAAAGAGAUAUCUGAAGAAGAUGUUUCUCAGGCAGUAAGGAAAUGGUUGCAGGGAAACAGAUAUGAUGAUCGUCUCGCUGGCAUACUCUUCUUCCAGCAGUUGAAAGCCAAACGGCCAGAAACUCCCAGUAUAAGCUGCUUUCGUGGGCUUUGUCAAUCCGGUGUCUAUUUCUAUUCCUCGGUCGUCUUGGUCGGUACUAUGGGGGACGAUACAGAUCUCAGGAGAUUCGAGGAAGGGACGUGGAGAAAUCUGAUAAGCCAAGGAGUCAAGUCACUUCGCUAUCAGAACACCUCUCAGUCGGCACGGGAAGCGAUUAGCAUGAUAAUCAAAUGAUAAUAUCAUUAGCUCGUAAUAGUAGUGCGUAGACGGGUCAUGGCCAGAAAUGAUUUACACAGUGGAGGAAGAGCGUAGUCGUCGUGCAACCAUCAACAGAUUUCGCGCAUGCGAAGUGCGUGACGCUCUGAGGUGGAAAAAAGUGAGCGUUGAGCAAGGGGCUCAGUUAUCUAUUAAUGCUACUGGUACGAAGUUCAGUUCAAUCUUGCG